UCCACCUUGUCAUGGCGUCGUUCCGUACACUCCUUGUGUUGGGCUUGGCAGUUCAGCUGUGCCCCUCCCAAUCCCACGACUCUUUAGAAAUACAUUAUGAACUGCAGCCUCCCAAGUAUGAAUAUCAACCUCCCAAAGAGUACGACGCUCAGGAACCUUCUACGAUAUACGACUUUCAGGAAGUGUUUAAGAAAGACGACUAUCAGGAACCUGUCAAGGGAUACAACUACCAGGAACCUCACAAGAGAGACGACUAUCAGGAACCUCUGCUAGUCUCUUAUCAAGAACCUCCGAAGACAUACCAAGAAGAAAGCACGAAGAUCUCUUACCAGGCACCUGUUGAGACAUAUAAGGAACCACCACAAACCUCCUACGAAGAACCAUCCAAGGCGUAUGAUUAUCUGGAACCUUCCAAGGCAUUCAACUACCAAGAACCUUCUAAGAAGGCCGAUUACCAGGAACCUGUAAUAGUCUCCUACCAAGAGCCUCCGAAGACCUCAUACAAGGAGCCCUCCAAGAAGGACGGAUACCAAGACCCUGUGAAAACUUCCUCAGAGGAAUCUUCCCAGGAGUAUAACUAUCAGGAACCUACAAAGACGUAUGAGUACCAGGAACCUCAAAAGAAGGAUGACUACCAGGAGCCUGCAAAGACGUACGAGUACCAGGAACCUCAAAAGAAGAUUGACUACCAGGAGCCUGCAAAGACGUACGAGUACCAGGAACCUCAAAAGAAGAUUGACUACCAGGAGCCUGCAAAGAUGUACGAGUACCAGGAACCUCAAAAGAAGAUUGACUACCAGGAGCCUGCAAAGACGUACGAGUACCAGGAACGUCAAAAGAAGAUUGACUACCAGGAGCCUGCAAAGACGUACGAGUACCAGGAACCUCAAAAGAAGAUUGACUACCAGGAACCUGCAAAGACGUACGAGUACCAGGAACCUCAAAAGAAGGAUGACUACCAGGAGCCUGCAAAGACGUAUGACUACCAGGAACCUCAAAAGAAGGAUGACUACCAAGAACCUUCCAAGACCUAUGGCGGAGAGGAAGCCUAUAGGGACGACUACCAUGAACCCUCCAAAACAUACAGUUAUCAGGAACCCUCUAAGGCAUUCGUCCACCAGAAAUCUACGAAAGCUGAGUACCAGAAAUCACUUGACUAUAAAUACAAGGAACCUUCUUAUGAUUCUCGGGAACAUGACGCAGCUUACCUGGCUUCGCUGUUCAUCAACAUCCCGGGUGGAGGCGUGCCAGGAAAGGAUUACCCAAUACUAGCUACCGUGCCGUACACUGGCUUUUCAUGUGAUGGUUUGGAGUACCCAGGCCACUAUGCAGACUACAGGGCACGAUGCCAAGUGUAUCAUAUUUGCCAGAAAGAUGGGCGCCACAGUUCUUUCUUGUGCCCUAACGGGACCGUAUUCAGCCAGUGGUAUUCAGUGUGUGACUGGUGGUUUAACGUAGACUGCGAUGGUGCUCAAACCUGGUUUGUAUAUACCAGGAAUGGAGUCAUUUUAGGGAAGGACGCAGAUUCUUCUCGUCCAGCGGGAGCGUCUAGUCGCCUGCCCCCAAAACCUCGCAUCGGUCGCGUGUCCAAAGGUCUUGUGACCUCUGGGGAUUAUGUGCCCCCUGUGGAAUCGUCUAAGGAAUCCUAUUCGGCCGAAGAAUACGACAAGAGUGUUCCUACCCCGAUUAUCUAUGAAGUGCCUCUUGUAUCUCAUAGUUCUUCCUCAGAAUAUGCCGUGGAAUAUAAACAGAGUGCCACUACGGAGCCCCAUAGGAAUUAUGAACAUGACUCGUCAGAAGACAGUUACGAGACAGGAACUCAAAGGAAUCCCCUGGGUACGAGCCAAAAAUCCUACACCUCAAAGCCCCGCGUCAACAACUUCGCCAGACGGGUCGUGAUCAGUGCACGAAACAAAGCCGACGCAAAAAAGCCCACAAGCCGAUACGUUACCGACGUCGACUCGAACGAAUACGACGUCUCCACGACAGACGUCUCCCACUUCAGGCAGGGGCACGUGAAGCCUUUAUUCCGAGACUCCGUCCGGCGCUUCGAAACCAAAAGAACCACGCUUGUGCAGAGUCCUCGACUUCCUCCUCCUGAACGAAGCCUAAUCACCCUCUACAGGAAUCCACAGUAACGUACUUUGCAAACAUUCCUAGCGUAUGGGGCUGAAAGGAUUAAUAGUAUACUAUGCUGUGUUGCCUGAUACAAAGUCACAAUUUCUUCUUAGUGCAUUAUAUAUAGAAGAAAAGCAAAAGAAAAAAAAAGAAAAAGGAGAAAGCGAUUCAGACACUGUUGGUUGUCUUAACAAAGCUGUGUUCUGAAUGCAUUUUCUCUUUGCUUAUUUAAUGAGUGCAGGUUCCUAUCAGUACAGGCCAUUUAUUCUUGUAAAUUGAA